ACGUACGUCGGUGGAAUUUACUCGGACCCAUCCUGCAGCUCUACCAAGCUGGACCACAUCGUGCAGAUUGUCGGCUAUGGGACAUCAUCAACGGGCGAGGAUUUCUGGAUCAUCAAGAACUCAUGGGGUGUCAUGUGGGGCGAGAACGGUUACAUGAGGAUCGUCAGAGGCAAGAACAUGUGUGGGAUUGCUCUUGAGGUGUUCUACCCCAUCAACGACCAGUAG